UAUAAAUAUUAACACAAAACUCAUUUUGACUUGGAUAUUCUAUUCAUUUUCACACAAGCUCUGUGCUAAUCGCAUGGCUCCAAAUCCAACUGAAUCAGAUCUUGCACACAAAACCAGACCUUGAAAUCUUGCUACAAUGGCGAAAUUCUUGAUUCUGUGGUCGGUGGUCAUGGUGGUGGGUGUGGCCAUUUGCACUGUUUCGGCUAAAAAAGCUCCAUGGAAGAUGCACACGCUGUUUUCGGUGGAAUGUCAGAACUACUUCGAUUGGCAAACGGUUGGACUCAUGCAUAGCUAUAGGAAAGCCAAGCAACCAGGACCCAUUACUCGUCUUCUCAGUUGUACUGAUGAGCAGAAGAAAAGUUACAGAGGGAUGCAUUUAGCUCCUACUUUUGAGGUGCCCUCAAUGAGCAAACACCCCACAACUGGUGACUGGUACCCUGCAAUAAACAAACCUGCUGGGGUUUUAUAUUGGCUCAAACAUAGUAAAGAUGCAGAAAAUGUAGACUUUGUUGUCAUUCUGGAUGCUGACAUGAUAAUCCGAGGUCCAAUUAUACCUUGGGAACUUGGUGCAGAGAAAGGAAGGCCUGUUGCAGCUUAUUAUGGGUACUUAAGAGGUUGUGACAAUGUUUUGGCUCAACUGCACACGAAACACCCAGAACUUUGUGACAAAGUUGGUGGGCUUUUGGCCAUGCAUAUAGAUGACCUGCGAGCUUUAGCACCCAUGUGGCUUUCAAAAACAGAAGAAGUGCGGCAAGAUAAGGCCCACUGGGGAGCAAACAUAACAGGUGACAUAUAUGAAAAAGGAUGGAUCAGUGAGAUGUAUGGAUACUCUUUUGGUGCUGCAGAAGUUGGGCUACGACACAAGAUAAAUGAUAACUUGAUGAUCUACCCAGGUUAUGCUCCUCGUGAGGGAGUUGAGCCAAUUCUUCUUCACUAUGGACUGCCAUUUAGUGUAGGGAAUUGGUCAUUUAGUAAGGCUGACCAUGAUGAGGAUGACAUCAUUUAUAAGUGUGGCAAGCUCUUUCCUAAACCUCCUUAUCCUAGGGAGGUAAAUGUGUUGGAAACUGAUCAUAAUCUACGGCGAGGACUAUUUUUAAGUAUAGAGUGCAUAAACAUUUUGAAUGAAGGUCUUCUAUUACAUCAUGCAGCAAAUGGCUGCCCUAAACCAGCAUGGUCUAAAUACUUGAACUAUUUAAAAAGUGGAACCUUUGCUAAACUAACUCAACCAAAACAUGCGACUCCUGCUACUCUAGAAAUGAUGGGGGAUCCAAUACAAGAAAACGGUGGUCAUGAUGCUUCCAGGCUAUACCCUAAAAUCCAUACUAUUUUUUCCACAGAAUGCAUUCCAUACUUUGAUUGGCAGACGGUGGGACUUAUGCACAGUUUCCAUUUAAGUGGACAGCCAGGAAAUAUCACAAGACUUCUCAGCUGCUCUGAUGAAGACUUGAAGUUAUAUAAGGGCCAUAGCUUGGCCCCCACUCAUUAUGUCCCUUCUAUGAGUCGACAUCCAUUAACAGGAGAUUGGUAUCCAGCGAUAAAUAAACCAGCUGCGGUCCUCCACUGGCUCAAUCAUGCCAAUACUGAUGCUGAAUUCAUAGUGAUUCUAGAUGCUGAUAUGAUAUUGAGAGGCCCAAUUACACCAUGGGAAUUCAAAGCUGAACGUGGCAGGCCUGUUUCAACUCCCUAUGAUUACCUUAUUGGCUGUGACAACGAGCUUGCGAAAUUGCAUACUAGCCAUCCUGAUGCUUGUGACAAGGUUGGUGGUGUAAUCAUUAUGCAUAUAGAUGAUCUGCGGAAAUUCGCAUUACUCUGGCUGCAUAAGACUGAGGAGGUUCGGGCUGAUAGAGCUCAUUUUGCCAGAAAUAUAACAGGAGACAUAUAUGAAUCUGGUUGGAUUAGCGAGAUGUAUGGUUAUUCAUUUGGCGCAGCAGAGUUGAAAUUAAGGCAUACGAUAAACGGAGAGAUCAUGACAUACCCAGGAUAUGUUCAUGAACCAGGCGUCAAAUAUAGAGUCUUUCACUACGGAUUGCGAUUCAGUGUUGGGAAUUGGAGUUUUAACAAGGCAGAGUGGCGAGAUGUCGACUUGGUCAACAGAUGCUGGUCCAAGUUUCCAGAACCACCAGACCCCUCAACACUUGAUCAUGAUGAUAAAGACAAUUUCCAGCGAAAUCUUCUCAGUAUUGAAUGUGUUAAGACACUGAAUGAAGCACUGCACCUGCAUCAUGAGAGAAAAGAGUGCCCCAGAGCAGGUUCCUUAUCCACAUCAAAAGGGGACAAGAUAGAGGAAUUUGGCGACUUCAAUGGAAAAUUUGAUUCAAAAAACAAUCAUAUGUCAGCAAAUGAUUCUGAGGGGCUGACAACUGUCCCUAAAGAUAGGAUAGGGAUACCUAGUUCUUUCAGGUUCUGGGUGAUAUUUUUAUGUUCAUUUUCUGGAUUUGGUUUCCUGGUCAUCAUUUUUGUGGUGCAUUCAGGUCAUAAAAGAAGAGGAAUGAAAAUGAAACACCUCAGAAGCAGGAGAAGAAACUUGUAACCAGGAUACACGGGGACUUGACCGAGGCUUGAUGUACAAUCUUUGCUUCAUUUAUUCUUAUGGUAUAAAGCCAGAUGGUAAGAAUUUAAGACUACCAUCUAGUGAUCACAAAAAAGCCAUGUUAAUUGAGAGUGGCGUGUGGCUUCAUUCCUACAAAUCAAGACAACCUGCACGUUCAGGAGACCUCGCAUUUGAUAUUUCAUAUGGCAUUGAAGAUUGGGAAAUUUUCCUAUAGAUAUAGCACUUCUGUAGUUAUUUUCUAGUUUUUUUUGUCAAACCUGUUCAGGAAACUGCUGCAGUCCCUCCCAACAGAUGUCUUUCCCAGAGUUUGAACAUGUGCCCUCACAUUUACGGGGAUUUUGCUUGUCUACCACUAGUUCUUUUGUUUAGUUUGACAGUACUUGUACUAUUUUGUAACUAGACAUCAUAAAAUGAAAGAAAUAUAGAACGAGAGACUGAAACCAUACACCUUCAAAUUUAAAAAAAGGUUGGUGUUCAGCUAGGAUGAUGUGAGUGACCGAGUGAAUUAUGAGUUAUGACAUUUUAUUUUUAUCAUUCUUGUAACAUUUUUUAUGAUC